CCCAAAAAAAGUGAGCUUCCCCUGUUAGAUAGAGCUAUGGGUCAUAGCAAAUCUUAUUUCCGUACACGGAAAUCUAUCCGAAAAGUCGAGUGAAUAUCUUUCACAUGACAUAAUUAUAUUCGUACACGGAAAAGUUUUCAGAAUACGGUUUUUUUAAGAUCAUGUGAAAAUUCACGUAGAAAUGAAAAUUUCCGUUUACGGAUCUUAUUCGUAAGAGUUUCCGGUCCUGUGUGUUUUUCAACAGAAAUUAGAUCAUUAGUUUUGUAGUUACAACCAUUUAAAGUUUAUAGUGUUAUUUAAAUAGCCUAUGUUGUUUCAUUCCUUCAAUUUUUGUCAUGGAUAAUGCGACAUAACCAUGUAUAUAAAGAGGAUAAUAGAUUCAAAACGCUAAAUAACAACAAACCUUUUUAAAUUUUUUUUGUUACGUUAACAAUAGUAUGAUAAUAUGAGUUGUAUAAAUUAUAUUAUUGUAAUUUACUACCGAGUAUACGAGACCUACUCAAGGUGGUUUUACACAACAAGUUGAAGGGUAUUUUCGAUUUUAAUUGACUAACGAGGACAGCGAGGUAAAAUUAAAUAUAAUCCUUAGAAAAAAUGCAUUGAAACAUAAUAUAUAAAAAAAAUAAAUGAAAAAUUAAGCUAAACUAGUAUUGAUGAAAUCAUCGUUUUCUAAAAAGAAGUGCAAAAGAAUAACAGCCGACAGUAAUUUAUCGAACUUGUAUACUGAGACGUGUUACAAAUGAAGUCACCACUGCGCAAUUUGAAAAAAUGAAGCAUUAUUAUUAACAAUUAUUUAAAGAUUUUGGUAUAAAUCGAAAACUUCCAUUAUCUACGACUUCGAAAUAGAAUUCGUGUGUCAAAUUCGGGUUUCACCAACAUUUUUUUAAACCAAAAAAAUUGCCAAAAAAAGAGGUGCCCGGUGAAGUAGUUCCAAAAUGAGAUUUUUAACAAUAACAAUUUCUUCCUUAAUGCACAUAUAUAUAUAUAGUAAAAGUAUAUUCCUCUAAUAUUUCGUAUUAACCGGUAUGCUAAUCUUGGCUGUACACGAAUCAAUGUGUGAAUGAGUGAUAUUUGAAUAAUAUAUUUAAAUUUUAAACCGUGAUUGCACAUCGGAAUAUCUAUUGUAUUGUUUCGCUUCUGGCGUCAGAACGUCGCAUAGGCUUAAGUCAGUGUCACAAAUUUUAUAAACAGGGGCCAGGAUAAUAAACAAUUGAACUGAAUCCAUAGAUAUGACCUUUUUUCCCGUCAAGUUGUAUGUCACAAGCCUGAAGUUCUUCUUAUCACUUAAAAUAGUAUACAAUGCAUUAGUAAUCUGUUACCGUGUCUGUGUAAUACCAUAAUACCGAGUAAUGUGAUAUAUGUUGUCGUAUACUGUACAAUCAACAUAUUCCACUAUUGAGUUUUUAUCAAUGUAAUGUCUCAAAUUCCAAUUGCUAUUUCAUUGAUACAGUUUCAACUUUCGUGGCAACUCUUUAAUUCAUUUUGAUUUUGUUUCGUGUACAUCAUUGUAUCCGAUUCUCAUCAUUACUUUUAUACAUGUCAAGAUCAUAAAUAUCCAUUGGUGAGUUUAGAAUUCUUAAAUCAAAUAAUUUUUGAGGAAAAAUCAUGUCUGAGUAUGAUGAUGAGGACAUGGAAUAUUCAGAUCAGGAUGACUAUCAGAAUGACUAUGAAGAUUAUUAUAAUGCAGAACGUGAUGUAAUGAGUCCACCUCACAAUCCUGAUCCUGAAUAUUUUCCUGUUCAAUGCCUUUCAGUCGAUGAAGUUGAAAAAUUUUUAAACGAACUUGUCGAACAAGUGUGUACUAGCAUACUUGUAACACCAUCAAUGUCAAAAGUCUUACUUUAUGAAAAUAAAUGGGCUGUUCAAGAAGUAUUAUGGAAGUAUAAUGAAGAUGCAGAUAAACUUUUUGUUGCAUCAAAAAUGAAAACAUUACAACCACUUACAAAUAAAAUAAAAAAAGAUAAAUUUAUAUGUCCUGUCUGUGUUGCACCAGUAACCGAAGAAUUGGGAAUCACUAGUUUGGCUUGUGGACAUUGUUAUUGUGAUAAUUGUUGGCGGUCUCAUUUUGAAAAUAAAAUAAAACAAGGUAUGAGUACUGAACUUUCUUGUAUGGCGUUAAACUGUGAAUUACUUGUACCAGAAGAAAUAGUUUUAUCUACAGUUAAUAAACCAAUUUUAAGGAAACAAUAUCAACAUUUUGCAUUCCGUGAAUACAUAAAAUCACAUCCUUUAUUACGUUUUUGUCCUGGAGCUAACUGUAAUGCAAUUAUAAAAUCUAAAGAAUCUCUGGCCAAAAAAGCUAUAUGUACUGAAUGUGAAACUUCAUUUUGUUUCAAAUGUGGAAAUGACUAUCAUGCCCCAACAGAUUGUGCUACCAUAAAAAAGUGGAUUACAAAAUGUGCAGAUGAUAGUGAAACAGCAAAUUACAUAACAGCUAAUACUAAGGAUUGUCCAAAAUGUAAUAUAUGUAUUGAAAAAAAUGGUGGCUGCAAUCACAUGCAAUGUUUAAGUUGUAAAUUUGAUUUUUGCUGGAUGUGUUUGGGAGAUUGGAAAGCACAUGGUACUGAGUACUAUGAUUGUUCCAAAUAUAGGGAAAAUCCUCAGAAUGGUUCAGAAUCAGCUAAAGCUCGUGAAGCUUUAAAAAAAUAUCUUCACUACUAUGAGCGCUGGGAAAACCAUUCUAAAAGUUUGCAAUUAGAAAAACAAACUCUAGAUAAAAUUAAAGAAAGAAUAAACAGUAAAGUAAUGACUAGUAAAGGCACAUGGAUUGAUUGGCAAUAUUUAUUAGAUUCAGCUACACUAUUGGCUAAAUGUAGGUACACUCUUCAGUAUACAUAUCCAUAUGCAUAUUAUAUGGAAAAUGGCCCAAAGAAGGAACUUUUUGAAUAUCAACAAGCUAAACUAGAAGCUGAAAUUGAAAAUUUGUCGUGGAAAAUAGAAAGAGCUGAAACAACUGAUAGAGGUGAUCUAGAGAAUCAGAUGGAUAUUGCUGAGAAAAGAAGAGCUACCAUGCUUCAAGAUUUUUUCCAAAUCUAAAUAAUUAAUUUUAGGUACAUUUUCUAAGUAAGUUAAUGUACAAUUUUACCUGAAAUAUAUUUAUUUUUUAUCAUUUUUUA